AGUUAGUCUAACUGUCUAAGUUUGGACACAAAUGUGUAUCAAUUCAAACUAAAACUAGUCUUAAAAUUUAUUUGCAUUUCAGAAUUUUAUCAAUCGUCAAAUUGCAAAUACAGAUUUAAUUAUUUUGAAUUGAUAUAACUAAACAGUCUAAACUGUUUUUUAUCACAUUUUCCAUUGAAAGUGUAAUUGAAUUCAUUCCAAAAUUGCAGAGUGGUGAGCACAAGAAAUGAGAUCAAGAAAGCUAGUCCAUCUCCCUUGUUGUCUGACUCCCAGAUUCCCCAACUCACCAACCCAUUCGAGCUCCGCAUUUUCCCCCAAACCCCCUUCAGUCCUCGCCACAAAUGUCAUGAAAUCAUACUUGGAGGCGGGCCUCGUGGAGGAAGCCCGCACCCUGUUCGACGAAAUGCCCGACCGAGACGUGGUGGCUUGGUCCGCCAUGAUCAGCGGCUACACCUCCUGCAACCGCCCCGCCGACGCCUGGGCCACCUUCCGCGACAUGCUCCCCGACGUCCGCCCCAACGACUUCACCUUCUCCAGCGUGCUCAAGGCCUGCAAGUCCAUGAAUUCGCUCCCCCGCGGCGCCGUCGCCCACGCCCUCGCCCUCAGGCAUGGCUUCCUCGGCAGCAUCUACGUCGCCAACGCCCUCGUCGACAUGUACGCCGCCUGCUGCCGCGACAUGGACAGCGCGCGCGCCGCCUUCGACGAGAUUGGAGUUAAGAACUCCGUGACGUGGACGACUCUGAUCGCUGGUUACACUCACAUGGGAGAUGGCCAUGGCGGCCUCGAUGUUUUUAGGCGAAUGUUGUUGGAGGAUGCUGAAUUGAAUCCUUUCAACGUUUCUAUUGCGAUUAGGGCUUGCACUUGGAUUGGAUCGCAAUCCUUUGGAAAGCAGAUACAUUCUACAGUGUUCAAACACGGAUUCGAAUCGAAUAUUCCUGUGAUGAAUUCUGUUCUAGACAUGUACUGCCGGUGUAUUGGAUUGAAUGAUGCAGAUCGAUGCUUCGAUGAGAUGGUGGAGAGAGAUAUAAUAACAUGGAACACGAUGAUUGCAGGAUACGAGAAGUCGGAUCCGUAUAAAGCCCUGCGCCUCUACUCGAGCUUGAUGUCCCAAGGUCUCGCGCCCAACUGUUUCACGUUCACCUCCGUCGUGGCUGCGGUGGCAAACAUCGCGAUUUUGGGAGUUGGCGAGCAGCUUCGCGGUGGGAUCGUGCGAAGGGGCCUUGAAGACGACGUGGGCGUGGCCAACGCCUUGAUCGACAUGUAUGCGAAGUGCGGCAGCAUUGCGAGCUCGUGCAGGAUUUUCGAGGCGAUGGGCCGCAAGAAUGUCGUGUCGUGGACGUCUAUGAUGGUCGGGUACGGCAGCCACGGGCGUGGGGGGGAAGCCGUGGCGUUGUUCAACGAGAUGGUGGAGUCGGGAGUCAGGCCCGACCGGAUCGUGUUUGUCGCGGUUCUGAACGCUUGCAGCCACACGGGCCUCGUGGACGAGGGCCUGCGCUACUUCAAGGCAAUGGUGAACGCUUACGGCAUAGCACCGGAUCAGGAGAUCUACGGGUGCGUGGUGGACCUGCUCGGGCGUGCAGGGCGGCUUCAGGAGGCGUACGAGCUGAUCGAGGCGAUGCCGGUGAUGCCGGAUGAAUCCGUGUGGGGAGCGUUUCUCGGCGCCUGCAAAGCGCACAAGCUGGCCGAGCUGGGGAACAUAGCCGCGAGCAGGGUGAGGCCGAGUGUGGCCGGGACGUACCUGGCGCUGUCGAGCAUAUACGCGGCUAACGGCGAGUGGGGCGAUUUCGCGAGGAUAAGGAAGAUAUUGAGAGGGAUGGGGAGCAAGAAAGAGGCAGGGAGGAGUUGGGUGGAGGUGAAGAAUAAGAUAUGUAGUUUUGUUGCAGGAGAUAAGCUGGGAACCAAUAUUGAUAGGGUUUAUGAAGCUCUGCAUAUGCUGGGAUUGCAUAUCAAACACGCCCAAUUCAAUCCUGAUUUGCAAUGCUUAGAAGAUGAUUUGGACUGAAAAGUUGAAACCAACCCCAUUCUUUGAUUUAUUGAAACUAACUACAGAGCUUUGUUGUA